AUGGGGAAAAAAGAAUGGCACAGUAAAGAAUGGAAGAGAAAGAAGAGAUAUCUAAGGGCGAUGAUGAGGAGAAUGAAAAAAGGAAAGAUCAGCCGAGAAGAUUAUGUUCAAAAAAGGAAACACUAUAAAGAAUGGUGCAAAGAAGAAAAGAAAAGACACGAAGAAAAAGAGGAGAGGAAAAUAAAGAACAUCAGCACAGAAAAAGAAGCAUGGAAGUACAUAAAUAAAUAUAGAAAGAAGAGAGAAGGCAUAGAUGAAGAAAUAGAGCUGGGAAACUGGAAAAAACACUUUAUGGACCUACUAAGAGGAAAAGAAGAAAGGAUAACCUGGCAACAGGAAGAAGAGGAGAAUAAAAGAGGCGAAGAGGUAACAGAACUAACGACGGAAGAAUUGGAUAACCAAUGGAAGAAACUGAAAAUGGAGAAAGUCCCAGAAGAAGAUGAUAUAGAGAACGAAGCAUGGAAAUAUAUGUCGGGAGAAACAGGAGAGGUUCUGGGAAGACUGCUGAACGGGGUCUGGAAAAAACAUGGAAAAUUACCAGGAGAUUGGAUUAAAGGAAUAAUCUGUCCGAUUUUCAAAAAAGGAGAGAAGAGUGAAGUUGGAAACUAG